CGUAAAGGAGUGGGUUGACAAGUACUAGCAACUAGCAAGGGAGAUAAAAGAAGAAGUAACGUUGUUACUUCAUACAUACAUACAUAGCUUCUUCCGAUCGAAUGUCCAUAUAUUUUUGCUCCAUCAUAUCAAUUAUCAUCAUCAACUCCGAUCCUCUGAUCACUGAAUAAACACGUACCAUCGUCUAUCAUUUUAACAAAUCAAAAUUACAUGGAGAUGAGAGUAUAUUUGUUGGUAUGAUGCAUCCUCCGAUUGGACGCUUUGUGUUAGCCUACUACUACAUCCUCUGCUUCUGCUUCUGCUUCUUCUUCAUCGGAACUACCUCCCAACCUCUCGGACACAUUUGUCCCAACAACUCUACUUAUGCUCCUAACACCUCUACUUAUCAGGCCAAUCUUAAUUCUCUUCUAUCCACUCUUUCUUCCAACGCCAACCGUGACGAUGGUUUCUACAAAUUCACCGCCGGCAGUGAUCGAGACACCACCGUGUACGGCGUGUUCAUGUGUCGCGGUGAUAUUUCAACCCGCGACUGCGAGGUGUGUGUGAAAGAUGCUAGCGCAUAUAUAUUGCAGAUAUGCCCCAAACAAAAGACUGCUAUUAUCUGGUACGAUUUCUGUAUGUUGCGUUACUCGGACAAGUCUAUGUUCGGGAGAGCCGACCAAUCGGUCUGGUUAAAUUUGUUGAAUAAACAGAACGCUUCUGACCAAACUAAGCUCACGUGGGUGGCCGGAAUGGCAUUUGGUCAGCUGACUACUCGAGCGGCCGCCGGCGAUCGAUCCGGCAAGAAAUUUGCUACUCAAGAAACUGACUUCGAUGAAUUUAAUAGAAUCUACUGUCUUGGCCAAUGCACGCCAGAUCUUUCCGAUUCUGAUUGUCAGACAUGCCUGCGAAGUGCUAUCGAAAAACUAUAUGCAUCAUAUGGUGGCAUAGUACUAUCCCCAAGCUGUAAUGUUAGGUUUGAGGGGUACCCUUUCUACCAUAGCACAGCCGCCUCUGCGCCACCACUCAUUCCCGCUCCUCCACCCAACACGUCUCCCACUCCUGCUGUAUUUCUUGAUGCAGGAAACAAUGGAAGUUCUUCAAAAGUGAUUAUUGCCAUUGUAGUUCCAGCUGUUGGAAUUACACUCUUCAUUUCAAUCUUCUGUUUUCUAAGAAUUAGAAAUGUUAAGAAACGAAAUACCACAACACACACAACAGAUGUCAUUGGAGUUUCAGCAGAGGAGUCCUCGCAAUAUGAUUUUGCUACUGUUCAAGCUAUUACAAAUGAUUUCUCUCCUGAAAGUAAAAUUGGCGAAGGUGGAUAUGGUCCUGUAUAUAUGGGAAUGCUUCCCAGUGGACAAGAAGUAGCUGUAAAACGGCUUUCAAGAAGCUCAGGACAAGGAGCUCAAGAGUUCAAAAAUGAGGUUGAAGUAGUUGUCAAGCUUCAACACAGAAAUUUAGUAAGGUUACUAGGAUUUUGCACGGAAGGAGAAGAAAAGAUACUUAUAUAUGAAUUUGUGCCCAACAAAAGUCUUGACUACUUUUUAUUUGAUCCUGAUAAACAAUAUCUAUUGGAGUGGUCAAGGCGAUUCAAAAUUAUAAGAGGAAUUGCGCGAGGUCUACUCUAUCUUCAUGAAGAUUCUCGUCUUAGAAUCAUUCAUCGUGAUCUCAAAGCAAGUAAUAUACUAUUGGAUGCAAAUAUGGAUCCAAAAAUAGCUGAUUUUGGCAUGGCAAGAAUUUGUGGAAUUGAUCAAACUCAAGGAAGUACAAACAGAAUAGUCGGAACAUAUGGUUACAUGUCCCCUGAGUAUGCAAUGCAUGGAGAGUUCUCAAUAAAGUCGGAUGUUUUCAGUUUCGGUGUUUUACUUUUAGAAAUUAUUACCGGAAAGAAAAAUCGUAACUUCUGCCAAUCAAACAAGGCACAAGACCUUCUUAGCUAUGUUUGGGAACAAUGGAGGGAUAGUUGGCCAUUAAAAAUACUAGAUCCAGCUCUCGGAGAGUCCUAUACUAUAAAUGAAGUCAUCCAGUGUAUACACAUUGGUUUGUUAUGUGUUCAAGAAGAUGUAGAUAAAAGACCUACAAUGGCAGAAGUGAUGUCGAUGCUCAUUAGUUAUUCUGGUAAUAAUUGGUCAGUACCUCGUGAACCUGCAUUUUAUCGUGGUGGAAGUAAGAAUAUGUCGAAAGAGAUAGAGUUGCAACAAUCCGUGACUGUAAAUGAAAUGUCAAUUUCUGAACUCUGUCCAAGAUAAAAGAAGACAGACAUGGAACUCAAGCUUUCAAGGUUGGAGUUUAUAUAUGCAGAGGACAAAACAAAUAUGCAGAGUGCAUGUAUUUUUGGGGACUUAUUUUCAAAUUCAAUUCCUAGGUACAUUGAUAAAGCUAGUAACAUUAAGGAGAUAAAUAAUUAUAUAUGAUGUAUGAACCAAAAAUAUCCAAUUCUUGCAUGACAUGAAUUUUCAAAACAUUGCGAUUUGUUCAA